AUGCCGAUCAAAAAGAGAUCCAAGAAAUCUAUCCGACAGGGCAGGAGGCCUAGUUACGACAGUCCCACCCUCACAACGGUUGAAGAAAGCCCUAUCUCCCCAGUGCUACUCCAAACCGACAAGAAGUCAUCGAGUCGCCAAUUGCACCGUCAGUUGCUUCGUUCGCGUCGUUCACAUUCAACUCCCUCCUCCCGCCAUAAGCGAAGUCACUCUGUCAAUUCCAAAACAGACAGUGGAUCUGGUCGUCACAAUCGAUUCAAGCGGUUUGAUAAGGGAAAAGCUCGUGAACGGGGUAAUACUCCACACCGAGUGCUCAUAGCAGCAUUUGAUCCCGUCGCUCAGAAUCUCGACAAGGGCUACUUUGCCGAUGACGAGGCUGAUAAUAAGGGCUCAUUGAGUCCUGCUCGUUGUUCUAGAGCUGGCAAUCCCUCUGAUUCUUCCAAAAGUGCGAGCCAAGUUCGAUCACGGACUACAUGUGCUUCUUCAUCUCACGAUCUUCCUGCUGAGGACGGUGCCGGCGACUCCCCCGAUGAGUCUGAAGAUACCGUUUCCUCAAUCGUUUCACCUGAUCACUCUCGUCACUUCUCAACACGUGAAUCGCGUCAACAAACUCCCAGCAACUCCGACUUAGCUGUUGAUCUCACCACUUCUGCAAUCGACGUUGCUUCUGCUUUUCCUUCCGUUGAGUCGAGUCACACCACUGGCGAUUCUCAAAGCCAACACCAUACCGAGUUUGCUUUGGCAUCUGUUGAGCACGACUCUCCUAUCAACCGUCCAUCUCAACAUUCUUCCUUUGAUCUGCACAGUGCAGAUAGCAACACCGAAACUGCUCCGGACGACACAUCCGCUGACCGUGAUUCUCCUAUCUUUCUCGCCCCUGAAGUUGGUGCAUCUCAGCAACUCCCUGAAGAAAGCAGCCACACCGAGUCUACUCCAACAACUUCCUCUCAAACUCAAGUGAGUCACUCAGCGCUACUUAUCGCUAUCGCGAUUCUGAACCUUCCGAAAAAGACCCCGAGUCUGAUGCAGAGUACAACCCAUCUCCUCGUGCGACUGCUUCUUCCACAGUUUCGCGACCCCCAGCAGCAGAUCGAUGUCGUCGUCGAUCUGCCCAAGUUGAAUCUGGUUCCGAAUACAACCCCUCUGACUCAAGUGCUUCUCCAAACAUUUCGCGGCCCCCAACAGCGUUCGCAACCUGAUCGUGUCGAGUCCAGCACACAUUCUCCAGAGUUGAUUGCUCCAACAGCAGACUCUGUUCAGGUGUUGAUAAUCACCCCUAUUGAGCUGACUGCCAACGACGAGCAGUCUGAAACCACCACACCUCUCAUCUCGUCCGUUGAGGAUCAACCUCCGGACCGUCCACGCACCAUGAUGCUUGGUCAAGUCUUUCGCCGACAUCCUGGUCAGACAACCCCUUCAACCGUCUCUUCUGUUGACGCUCCCUCCCACCGAUCCUCCAGCAGUCCCGAGUUUGACAAUGACUCCGAAGAUGAAUCUGCCAACGUGGACCUAACCCAACACUCCACCGCUGCCAGUCCAGCUGCCGAGUCCGCUAUCUCUAAGGAAUCUUCCUCCGCCAACUUCGAAGAAGACCCAAGCACACCCAGCAAUGUUUCGGCCUCCGAAGCAGCUGCAGAUGACAUCUCGACACCUCUCAUGGCUCCUCGCCCCCAUACAGAGCCACCGUUUGACCCCUACGCCGCCUUCCUGGAUACCUCCCUCCCGCCCUCUGUCAUGCUCGACGAAGCAACCCGCCAAGAUGCGGGCCUUCCCCCCACGAGUAGCAUCUCAAUCGACCCAAUGAUUGCCUACACAGCAGAGGAGUACCAAAACAUCCUGCACUCCGAGCAGAUGGUGCUGGAGCAGAUGGGCGACAUGCACCGCCCCGAUCCCAUGCGAGUCACCGCCGAGGAGGAAUCACUGAUGGCACCCUUGUCACUGGACGACAUUGACAAGAUGCUGGACGGCACAGACCCAGCCAAGGCCAUGCAAACAGCGGAGGCAUGCAAGCAGCUCAUCCUGUCCAUGGCCCUAGGAAGCACCACGCCCGCCCCACCAAUGGCACCGGCCAAGCGUGCCCGGAAGGCGUCGACUGCCCCGCCUGAGGAUGGCCCCGCCCGUCGCACUCGCAGUAGUACCAGUGCCCUCUCCUCGUCCGCCUCGCCUGCGGCUCCGGUCUCCACGCGCAGACUGCGCAGCAGCGACUUCUCGCUGCCUGGCCCUGCUUCGGCGGACCGUGCGGUGGAUACCCCGGAGCCGGAGUCGUGGGCUGUGGCAUCUGUGGCAGACAAGCGUCUGUCGCAGAUGAGGGACUUGGGGAGGAGCUGGAAGGCUAUUGCCGGGGUUUGGAAUGGGGAGGUUGCUGAGAGGGGAGGGAAGAAGUUGACGGAGAAGGAAGUGAAGAAGAGAUGGGGGAAGUUGGAGGAGAGCAUCGGGCGGUGGCCCGAAUUUGACGAGACCCUCAUGGGUGCAGUGAAAAACCUCAGCUCGGAGUUGACCGCCGAGCUGUGGGAUAAAGUUUCGAAGGCCCUUUUGGCCAAGUUCGGCUGGGAGACCACCGGUCAGGAGUGUGCAGCGCGGUUAGCUGCGCUGCAGGCUUCUGGCCGUGUGGAGGAGAAGGGGAAGGGCAAGGGCAAGGGCCGCAAGUAG